UGCUACGUUUCUUAGUCUCGUAACCACGCGGAGUCGCGAAUAUCUGUUCCGUGAUUUUUUGCGGUCACAUUUUUUUUUACAAUAAUUCAUACUAAUUAAUCACACUAAACUAAACUCACGUUACUUCUUGCUACUUUUGUAAGACGUUCUAUUCAUUUUCACACCCACGAUCUAUUUUCGAUAUAUGACUAAAGAUACCGUAUAAGAACAAGGUGCGGAAGAGCACGGCAAGACGAUGACGAUGCAAAUAAAUCGUUUAAAGACCAACCUCUGUCUGUGAAGAUACCAAGACAAAAUUCUUCGAACGGCGUCUUGUCAUUCAAGUCGCGGGCGCGCGAUUUUGUGGCAUUAUUUUCGUGUAUGACGCAUCAGCUGCUGCAUCAUCGCAACGGCGUUUUGUAUUUUCUGAUAGAUCAGGAUCAUGCGAUUGGACUUCAAAAAUCGGCAGUGCUCUCACGAUACACGCAAUUAUAGCUUUAUUAACUAAUUAUAAGAUGUGUCCUCUGAUACACGUUUAAUUAUGUAACUUCUCCUCCGUCUCCUCUCAUAUCAUUUGGUCGUCGUUGGAUAAAAGAAAUUAUCACGCACGUUGUAUGUAUCGAUGCGUGCAAAUGUGAACUUUGCACUGGUGGAAACUUAAAUUUCAAUUCUCUACGAAGUGAAAUCUGAAAAGAAGGAGAGAUCCAUUGAAAGGAGAUUUAUUUUUGUGACACACAUGUUUCAUGGUAUACUUAAUCGUUAAUGAUUCGAUGAAAUUUUUUAUGAUUUCAUCAGAAAACCAAUAUAAAAAAUCAUGCUUUAACGAAGCGGAAAAGUGUCGCUGUGUUUAUAAACUUACGGACGAUGAGAGCUUCUGUAAUCGUUAACAUAAUAGUAAUGGCGGCAUAAUUGAUAUGUUAAACAUGUAUUUGAUUUUCUGAAUGUAAGAGAAAUGUGCGAGGAACCACGUAGAUUCAUAUCACGAUGGUGGCGUAUUGUAAUUGUUCGUGGAUAUCCAAAAAAUGAUUCGUUAGUAACUAUUGUGCGUGAGAAGCAACAACUGCAUCCGUACGGUUUGAACAUAUUAUUAGUAAAACCAGGUUCGUCGCUUUUCUCAAGAAUAUUCAAUUAUGUAUCUCAUGUCUCGAGCUUCAAGAGAUAUGACUAUCCGAUGAUCACGAAGACUAUCCUGAAUGACGAACGACUGAAAGACGUUGUCACAGUAACCGCCUGGGACACAGCUAAUAAUGAGGGUUACAGCAAGGACGAGGCAUUCGCGAAGACAAAAGCUAGGGCGAAGAACAUACUGCUGCAAAUGGAGAGCAGAUGCAGCGACGUCUUACUCAAGAUAGUCGCGUGGCUGAUAUAUAAACUGUUGCCCUGUUUCAUACAAUCCGCCGUUGUGUUGCCCUCGCAAAUAGAAUUGUUGAAGAAGGCGAACGAAACUGGAUUACCGCUCGUGCUGCUACCGCUACAUCGCAGUCACCUGGACUAUAUAAUGAUCAGUUUUCUCAUGGUCACGAAUAACAUAAGGAAUCCGUUAAUUGCAGCAGGGGACAAUUUGAAGAUUCCAUUCUUUGGAUGGCUGCUGAGAGGUCUGGGCGCUUUCUUUAUCAAACGUCGUAUCGAUCCGGUAGCGGGACGCAAGGAUCUUCUCUACCGCACGGUUCUUCAAACGUAUAUCAUGGAGAGUCUUCGAGCCGGACACAACAUGGAAUUUUUCGUGGAGGGCGGCCGAACGAGAACCGGCAAACCUUGCAUGCCAAAGAGCGGUAUUUUAAGCGUCAUUGUUGACGCGUAUAUGGACGGAACAAUCGAGGAUGCACUGUUGAUACCGAUAGCGAUGAAUUAUGAACGACUGGUGGAUGGAAAUUUUGUUAGGGAACAAUUGGGACAGCCGAAAAAAAUGGAAACUUUCACUUCGGCGAUAAAAGCAAUGUGGUCGACGCUCAUGGGGCACUACGGUAUCGUCAAGAUCGAUUUCUGUCAACCGUUUUCUCUCAGGGAAAUGGUACAGACCUUUCAAGCUCAGCAAAAUAGAACCCCUCUUCGAUCAUCACCGAAGCAACCUUUAACAUAUACUAUGUCGAACUCGUCUAUUUAUGGUACAGAUGUCAUUGUAGAGGAACAUCGUCAAUUAGUGGACAGCAUUGCCCGACAUGUUGUAUAUGAUUCGUCGAAAUCCACACCGAUCAUGUCGACCAAUGUUGUUGCAUUUUUACUAUUAAAUAAAUUUAGAGAUGGCUGUACACUAGAUAAAUUGGUCGAAGCAUUUGAAACGAUACGACUAGAGUUGGAAUUUAACAACAUAGAUAUAGCGUUUUGUGGAGAGAAUAUUGAUAUUAUUAAACACGCGCUGGAUAUCCUGGGUCCGGGCUUAGUGAUGCAACAGCGGCAAGAAAUCACUGAAUCUGUCGAUGGCGAUCAGUCUUACAAAUCAAAUGUCGUCAUCGCAAUCCGUCCUGUGUCAAUUCUACCAAAUGUGAUUGAGUUAUCGUACUACAGCAACACUAUGCUGCUAUAUUAUGUGAUGGACAGCAUAGUAGUAACUGCUUUGUAUGCUGAAUUGCAGUCACAGAUUAACGAUCCAGUCGCAAUUGCCGAGAAUAAUAUUACAGUGCUCCAAAACACUUUGGUUAAUCGAGCACUCAAAUUGUGCGACAUUCUGAGGUAUGAGUUUAUUUUCUGCAGGCCUUGCCAGGAACUCGAAGAUAUAGUUCUCGAAACGAUAGAUAAAUUUAUGCAUAAAGGCAUUAUCACCAAAGAAGAGAAAAUUUACCUCGAGGAUGAGCUUUGGAGUAAAAGAUACGCGAAAAAUUUUGACGACAGCUCGGAUGAAGAAUAUCAAAGGGAACAAGACAUCUGCCAAAUUAAAUAUAAAUUGAGUUUAAGUCCAGAGCACUCCAGUCAAAUGGAAUUCCUGCACACGAUGUUACGGCCAUUAAUCGAUACGUAUACAUGUAGCGCUUUCAAUUUGAUGAAACUAGUCGGCCGUUCGCUUUGCGAGCGAGAUUUAGUCCAAGAAGUAUUGAAUGAAAUCAAAACUAAUUUGGAUGGAGGCAUAGUUAAUUAUGGGGAAAGUUUAUGCGUCGAUCCGAUAAAGAAUUCAUUCAAGCUUUUCGAAAAAUGGAACGUUCUAGAAUGUCACACGCAAGAAAAUAUUAAAAUUUUGUACUUGAAAGAAGAUUACGAUAAGGAGAUGAUAACGAAAAGCGUGUAUGAUACUGUAGCAGCUUUCAAAUGGACUAAUAUGAAAAACGUGAAUUAAAAUGGUGAUACUUUCUA